AUGAUCCCGCGCCAUAAGAGGUCGCUCUCCUCCGAGCACCCGUCGUUGUCCUCUGAUCGAACCGUCAUUAAAGCGAAGUCCACCACCAAUCUCUCCGAAGUCGCUUCUUCCAAUACUUCCCAUGGAAAACACAAUGCUGGAUUUGAUGAAAGCAGUUUCAGCACCUUGCAGGACCCGCGAUUGAUGGUCGGAUCGGAGGUCUCACAUUCGACGUCAUCGUCUCAGCACCCCGAUCUGAGCAACGAAGUAGCAGCAUUGUCUGUGAAACUGAUCCAGGCCAUUAACAACCAAACGAAUCUCGAUGAUAACCUGGUUGCUACCCGACAAGAGCUUGAGCUAGCCCAGGGGAAGAUUCAAGCUCUAGAGUUUCAGAAUGAAAAGUAUCGGAGAGAUAUUGAUAACAAAGUCUAUAUCAAAAAGGUCGACUCUGAUCGCGAAAUUUCGCAAUUACGGGAUACGUUAGCGGAAGAAACGACCCAGCGUCUCGCCGCUGAGAAAGGCAGGAAGACUAUUGAACAGGAAGUGGAAACUCUUACCGCGGCUCUUUUUGAAGAAGCCAACAAGAUGGUGGCUGCAGCUAAGAUUGAACGUGAGGCGGUGGAGAAGAAGAAUGAGCAGUUGCGUUCACAAGUCAAAGACACCGAGUUGCUCCUGGCAUCACACCAAGACCAGCUUGCCGAGCUCAAGUCUGUCAUGCAAGCGAUGAAUAUUUCCAAAGAUGACCUGGAAGGUCGUCCCACUCCCGCUCCGUCAUCCCCAGAUGGGCAGUCACAAGCGCAAGGUUCUAGUAACCAAGAGCCCGAGCUUGACCCUGUUCCUAUAUUGAUUGGCAACACCGAGGAAUUCACCCCAGGCCCUUCCACCAGCUUCCCGCAGUUCAUCCGCAUGGUAUGCCGGACAGAUUUGCAGGCUUAUGAGGAUUUCCGCGAUUUACUGGUACUUUCUCGGAGCUCCAAACCUCCUAGCCGUGCUGCUAGUGGAUCUUAUGGAGGCCUGAACGUGAUGGGUCUGGCAAGCUUUGCUAGCGGAGGAUCUCCCUCGGCAACCUCAUCACCCACCAAAGGGUUUACACAUUCCCCCAAUGGGAGCACGUCUUCCACAACGGGAUCGCAUUUUGCCUUGAAAGAAACUCGUUUCUACAAGCGGGUGCUUAUGGAGGAUAUUGAACCUACAUUGAGACUAGACCUAGCGCCGGGGAUCUCAUGGCUGACCCGGCGUACCGUUCUAAGUGGUAUCUGCGAAGGUAGUCUUGUCGUGGAGCCAAUGCCCCCAUCAUCCAAGAAAUUUGAAUUCCCCUGCUCUGUCUGUGGUGAACGCAGACCCGGCACUCCCAACGAGAGAACCCAUCGAUUCCGAACGUCAGAUAGUGAGACCGCUCAACGGUACUCACUUUGUCUUCUCUGCUUAGAAAGAGUGCGCUCGUGUUGCGAGUUCACUGGUUACCUGCGUCUCAUCCUUGACGGACAUCUUCGGGCUGGCGAUACCGAAGAAGAAAAAGAAAUAUGGGACGAGACUGUCCGACUCAGAGAGAGGAUGUUCUGGUCCCGUAUCGGAGGAGGCAUCAUUCCCUUGUGUAAUCGCCCAAGCGAACCAGAGGCGGAACUGGCCAGUACAGAGUUCAAUACUGGUGCCGACGACGACGACGACCGGUAUCUCCAUCCUGUGGACGUUACUUACCUCGAGCCCAGGACAGAGAAAGUAUCCCCGAAAGAUCAACUCGCACCGGAAACACCAGUCACAGAAUCCGCUACUGAGCACAUAACCCACCCUGAUCUUCCUCGACCUCAAAGUUCUAUCUAUGACAGGGACGAUGCUGUUUCCUUCAGUGGCUCGGAACGCAAGCGCUUUUCUAUCGAUUCAGCAGCAAGCGUGUAUGAAGAAGCUAACGCUGAUGUGGAUGCCAAUCCCACGCCACGAGCCCUCAAUUGCUCCUAG